AUGCUCCUACAUAAUGCUCCUUUGAAGUUACUGUCGAAGCCGAAAUUCUCGUCAAUCGAAAAGAUUAAAACCGUGUCAAGUACCUACAUGGCAGCUGCUGGUUUGAACGAAAUGGAAACAGAUCUUGAUAAUUGCGUGAGUUCUAAAGCUCUUCAAAGACGUUUGAAUAUGUACCGUAAUGCUACGAUGAUGAUUGAGUUUGCUUUGGCGAUGUCGCAAAUACUCGAUCAACUGAAUCGCGACUCAUUUCAGAACUUUGAACUUCGAAUAGGUAUGAGUGUUGGUCCGCUUGUGGCUGGCGUUAUAGGAGCUCAGAAGCCACAAUACGAUAUCUGGGGAAAUACGGUAAACUUGGCUAGUCGAAUGGAUACACACGGAGAGCCAAGAAAGAUUCAUGUGACCACAGAAAUGGGUGAAAUACUGCGGCGUGGUGGUUAUCGCGUACAAAGCCGUGGAAAGAUCAAAGUGAAAGGUGUAAAGGAGCCAAUGGAAACAUUUCUGAUAGAAAUCGACUCAAAACGGAAUUCAUCUGUGUCCAACAUUUCGAAUCAUCCAAGUACCUCCUGA